UUCCAUAUGUUGUUUUUAAUAAAUAACGAUUAAAGAUAAAUGAAGUCCCUCGAAAAUGUUGCGUAAAACGAAGAAACAGCCACAAACCGUAGCUGAGAAGGUCAGCAAACUGUUGGCGCAUCCGAAUGACAGUGAAAGCGACGACAAUUCCGAUGCAGAUUUAGAAACUGCAGCAAAAGUUGUAGAUUUCGAGCCAGACGAAUACGAUUUGCCAGAUGCACGUAGCACAGACUUUCGAAAGCGAAAUGUCAAGCUGUUGUCGGAGCAGAGUGCACGCUACAAAGGCAAAAUAGCCAGUCGAAAGGAAUUUGAGUUAGAGGAGGACGAGGAGGCGGAUGAGGACGAAGAUGAAGACAGCCAGGAAGAUGAGGAGUUGGGAAUUGAGGAGAGUGAUAGCGAUGAGGAGGAGAGCACGGCCUUGGCGGCAUUCAACAGAAAGUUAAAAUCAAAACAGGGAACAAAGGCAGAGCAAAGCGAAAGCGAUGACAUGGACCUGGAUGAAGAUAAAGAUGACGACGAUGAUGAUGAGGAAGGCAGUGCUGAGGGCGAAGAAGACGAUUCAUCUGAGGAUGAAGAAGAGGGGGAGGACGAUGCUAGCGAAUCCGCUGUCUCUGAGAACGAUGAUGACACCAACGCUAUCAGCACUGAGAACCUCAUGUCCAAAACGAACCAACAAGCCGAGAUCCAAAAGGGACUCUGCGUACAGAAUCAGUUGCGCAUUUGGGAGCGUCUGCUCGAGCUGCGCAUGAACACACAGAAAGUGACGAGCAAAGCUAAUCAACUGCCCCCGCCCCAGACGCUGCCAAAGCUGGGCGCUGACAACGAGGGACUACAGACUGUGCUCCAAGAGGCACAGGAGCGCUCCAACAAGCUGCUUCAGCAGCUGCUCCUAUUGCAACACACGUUGGCGCAACAAUUCAGCGAACUGCGACGAUCUGUGAAGCGCAAGCAGCCACCACCAGAGCGAGACGAUGAGUCGCCCUGCAAACGCUUUGCUGGCAUCCUCCAAAACAAUUUCCAAGAGAUGCGUGUCUAUCGCAACGAGGUGCUGCUCAAGUGGGACGAUCGCACAAAGCUGCUGACCCCGGGUGCUGGUACCAAACGCAAAUCAGUGCAGGAGGACUAUGACAUUAUCAAGAAAAUCGAUAACGCCCUGGGAAACCGGGAGGUGCUCAUUGAAAAGUCACAGAUACUGAAGAGCAAUCAGGACCAAACGGCGGCAGAGAGUGCUGCUCCACAACGUCAGCCCCACAUUUACGACGACAGCGACUUCUAUCACCAGCAGCUGCGCGAACUUAUCGAAUACAAGGCCAGCACAUCCGCCAACAUGAGCGAUCUAACCAAACAGUUUGUCGAGUUACAGAAGCUGCGACAGAAAAUGAAGAAAAAGGUCGACACGCGGGCCAGCAAGGGCCGUAAAUUGCGCUAUGUGGUGCAUAACAAGCUUGUCAACUUUAUGGCGCCUAAUGAGGCUAGCGAUUGGACGGAGGAUUCCAAAGCGGAGCUGUAUAGAUCGUUAUUUGUUUAACCAAGCUGCCGUUUCCAUUUGAAACAAAAAAUAUAUAAUUUAUCUGAAUGAAAUUGUAAAUUAUUUAUCUAACAAAUAUAUUCGCAAAAUUUCGUA